CAACGGAGCUUAGUCAUUUCUUGAGCUGCGCUGGACGAGGAGGGCCUCGCCAUGAUAAAACGGGCGGCUGCUGCUGCAAUCGGAGGAGCCCUGGCCGUGGGGGCUGUGCCCGUGGUGCUGGGCGCCAUGGGCUUCACGGGGGCAGGAAUUGCUGCCUCCUCCAUAGCAGCCAAGAUGAUGUCCGCAGCCGCCAUCGCCAACGGGGGUGGCGUUGCUCCAGGCAGCCUGGUGGCCGUUCUACAGUCCGUGGUCCCCAGCAUCCUCUGCCCAAAGUGGAGCCCCCAGGGGUGUCAGUACCUAGAGGAAGGAUCCAGGGGCAGCUGGACUCUCCACGUCAUCCAACAUCCUCCUGGCCUCUGCUGGGUCAACUUUUGGGGCCUUGCUGGGAGGUUCAAAAAAGGUACCCCCUCCCUCUGCCCCAGGUGCCCCCAAGGCUGAAGGGGACCAGCCAGGAGAAAAUGUGUCCCAAGUCAAACCUCCAGAAGCCCCACUCAGGUCAGAGAAGCCUGAGAAAUAAAGAUCAUGGCAGAUGCA